AUUUCUUCUUGGAUCGGCGCCCGGGCCCCCUUCGGCGGCGCCUCCGGCGCCGCCCCCCUGUCGCGCGCAGACCCAAGACAUCCGCGCGGAGCGCCAAAAGUUUGUGUUCAGGGCGUUCUUUCUUCUUCUGUCAUCGCCGCGGGCAUCCACAACCGCCUGAUCCACUUCCCCGUCCGGCAGGGCAGCAGCGUGUUCGCACUGGGCUGCACCCUCCAGACCCUGGGCCACCUCUCGAACAUCGUGGGCCUGCGAGGGAGGGUCAUCUCGGGGGGAGCCAUCCGAAGAGGCCCAGCGCCUCCGAGCUGGCGAGAUUCCUCAGGAGACACCCGAACGCCUCAGUGAUCACGGAGGACAUGCAGAAUGCGACCUUGGAGGGCUACGAGCGGCAACUCAGCUUGCCCCAGGAUAGCAAGUACGCCCUUCUCAUGGCGCUCCACCCGCGGUUGGGUGCCACGAGCCCCGCCAGCGCACUGGGCACCCUGGACGAGGAGGCGCGGAGAGGUGUCCUGCAGACGAUCUUCGAUUUUGUGGAGUGCGCGGACGCCGGCAGGGCGAAGUGCCUGGUGGUGUGCCACUGGCCCCCGGGCAUCCGCAUGGACGCCGUGCGGGACGUGGUGUGGUCUCACAUCGACAUCUCGAGGAAGUGGCGGCCCCCCCGGGGCUCCGCGGCGCCGGGCGGCCCCCCGCGGGCCGCGGCCGCCGAGGACUCGCCCUCGGAGGGCGAGCAGGAGCGGCCGGAGGGCGGGCCCAGCAGCGACGAGGAGCAGCGGCGAGGCAGCGACGAGGCCGCCGGCUCGGGCUCGGGCGCGCCGCGGCCGCGCAGGGAGGCCGCCUCGCAGGAGAAGGGCAGACAGCCCACGGCGGGCCCGCAGUGGGUGAUCCUGGACCUCACCACGGACAGCAUCGUGUCCACGGCCGAGGCGCCGGACAUCAGCGCCAGGCUAAAGGAGAUGGUGGACCGCAUGAAGCGGCACAGUAAUGGCUCGAGGACGGGACUGCGGGCCAAGGAGCAACUGCUCCUGGUGCCCCACUUCCCGAGCCGAGCGCUGCUGCUCCUGAAGUACGCGGCGGACCGCGACGAGAUGAGCGGCGCCACCUCGUCGCCCAAGCGGGAGAGGGCGCCCCCGAAGAGGAGCCAGAUGGAGGCCAUCUUCGGGCUCCGAGGCCAACGCUGGCGGCGCGCGGCAGCUGCCGGCAGACAGGAAGGCCGCGGCCGAGGGCGGAGGCGCUUCCGACCGGCGCGCCUCCCCGCAAGUCGCGGCCGACGCUCCCCAGGCACUGCCCGCCCCUCGCGCCGCGCCGCCCGCGCCGCAUCCGCCGCAAGGGAGCGCCGCGCAGGGGC